GCGCAUGUGAAACUGUAUUCAUCGCAAAUCAGCUCAAAAAAGAUCUGCUAAAAAGUGAGGUCAUAUUUACCGUAAAAAAUGAAUCGUUCGGGUGAGGCUUUGGAUAAAAACCCGCUUGGGAGGUGUCUUCUGGAUAACUGGGUAGAGGAGAGAGCCUCGGCUUUGCUAGACAAAACAAAUGACAGAGCUCAGAUUCACAGGCAUGGACACAAAGGGAUCCUCUCUGCAGAUAUGGCAGCCAAAGCCCAGGAUAUCACCACUAUGAAGGCAGAGUUCACACACCCCACAGGCCUCCGGGUGAGACAGAGAGGAAUCAGAGGGGAACUCUUUGAAAAACACCUCUACCGGACUAUACGUGAACAGGUACUCAAGGAGCAGAGCCCCCCGGUUCCUUCAGCAGAGCUUGUCUCCACGACGAAAGAUGACUUUGGAGCAGAAGGAUUUAAACCCACUUUCCCGGAUCCUUCUUGGGAACAUAACUAUAGAAGUGAGCAAGCAAUAACUUUUUGGAGCGAGAAUCAUAAGAAAAUACAGGGUGUCACCCCCGUGAGAAGCAAAGACACUCCAUUUAAGAAAAACUGUAACUUCAGCACACCAAUCAGUGCAUGCCUUGAUGACGAUGAAAAGAACCAUCAUCUGUGAGGGCUUGAGACAUUCGGGGUCGAGUGAAUGAUUUCAAGGGUGGUACAGACUGUUUCAAAAUGAGCAUGUCGAUGUCAAUUGCGCAUCAGAUUGUGAAGCGUUCCCAAAUUGUGACACGAUCUAAAUCCCAUUCCUAACUGUCAUGAUAACUUGUGAUGAUCUGUCUGGUGGGUUGUCCUGCAUGUCACUCAUGAAGAUGCUGUGGGAUGAACUGGAUAUGACCGGAUAUGAAUCAUCCCACCACGGCAUGGGCACAUGGCAGGUCUCAGCAGUGCUUUAUCCUCCUGAGACCCAAGGAAAAAAGUGUCCUUCAAUUAUAGGUUAUUUGUCUUUGGAGGAAAUAAGACAUCUUACAAUUUAGAUUUUUUCAAAUUUAUUUUUAUUUUUAAUUUCACA